AUGGCGUGGCAGUCAGGAGCUGGAGGCAACGGUGGAAAUGGUCUCCCCGGCGCUGAGCCUGGCGGCGUUCAAGCCUACACUCUGCAAGGUAUGCUUACUGCGGUCAUGCGCUUCCUCCAAACGGAAUGGCAUCGUCACGAGCGAGACCGCAAUGCCUGGGAGAUUGAACGGGAAGAAAUGAAGAAGAGGAUAGCCACACUCGAGGGCGAGAGUAGAACCGCUCGCGGCAUCCGCAUGAAUCUGGAGAAGCAUGUCAAGAUUCUGGAGAUGGCUCUACGUAAAGAGCGAGAGAAGAUAAGAGCUCUGAACAAGGGCGAAGAGACGGACCUAUCACGAGACCCUCGAGAUGUCGCGAGGGAAGAACUAAAAGCGGCUGGAAAAGAGAUUCCAGUCGUAAAAGGCAUAAGUCGCCUCGAGACCGACAUCAAUGCCGACAACCAUCUCAUCAAGGGCAUUCGACAGGAGCGCGAGCGCGAUAAGUCUAAGAGCUAUCUGGCAAAGUGCGGUUCCGAGAUAUCGUACCACGUCCUUCCAGGAUCACAGCAGUUACCCGAGAUGUCAGAUUCGUUACCGGCUAACAGUAUGACUCAAUACGGUCAACCGACGCAACAGGAACUUCAAGAUGCCUACAUCCAGCUUAAGCGGCAGAAUCAGGUCUACAACCGUGAUAGAGACAUGGCAAUGGUCCGAGAGAAUGCUGCACAACAUGAGCAGCAACAAGAGAUGCCUCCACAUCAACCAGCACCGUUGUCCAGGACCAAUACGCAGAUCAAUCACGCGGAGCUGGCCAUUCGAGAUCAGCAGCGCAGUGCCCUCGAUCGUUCUCCGCAGCCAAUGACCGCGGCUGACCUACGCCGGCCUCCGCAAUACGACGAGGCAAUGUCCUCAGAAGAGCAGGUUGAGUCAGUCUCGCACAGCUAUGAUUCAUAUGGCCGACUUCAGCAGGAUGACGGAGCUCCUUCUCCACGAGAUAUUGGUGAACCAAAGGUUGAUGUGAUCGACGGCUGGGACUUUGACGACAGUCCACCUCAGCAUGACAUUCCGGAACCUCCUCCACACCGUCCAGACAUGGAGGUCUUCCCAAGUGCCAACCAGAUACCUUCAAAAUCGCCACCUCGCGGACCCGGAUCUCGAAGAAAGAGCUCAGGAGCAAGACGACGGAGUGAAGGUCAGAACGAGAUCCGUGAUCUGGCGGCAAAUCCGAGAACAGACAACACUCAAUUCAAAGUGAGGUUUGCGAUGCGAGGACACCUUGAUGUCGUUCGUGCUGUCAUCUUCACCGGCGGUGGCAGCCCACAGGAGCCGGAAUUCUGUACAGCAAGCGACGAUGGAGGUGUCAAACGAUGGCAUAUCCCGGCGUCAUACGCAAGCAACAGUGUGACGAUGGGCGAGGACUUGGACCGAAUAGCUCACUUCACACAUCGAGGGCAUGUUGGUGCAGUCACCUCACUCGCCGCAUGUCCAGCGUCACCUAACUUUUCCAACGGAGGACGAGCAAGUGGUGAUGGCUGGAUCUUCUCUGGUGGCGAGGACGGCUCCGUUCGCGUGUGGGAAAGGGGCCGAGUCGACUCCAAAGCUGUUCUUGAUGGACACAAGGAUGCUGUCUGGGCGUUGUGUGUGCUACCCGGCACAUCGGGCUCGAUCCUUGGUGAACGUUGUUCAUCUUUUGGCGGUCCCGAUCGAGUUCUGCUGGCAGCUGGAGGCGCAGACGGCACGAUCUUGAUCUGGGCCGUGAGCCAACCUCCUCAGCUCUCAUCGCCACACACUGGCUCUAACCGUGGUACACGAGGAAGCAGACGAGCCAACUCGAUCUCCGCGGGCUCGAACUUCCCCAGCUCCCCGCAGCCUAGCGUUGCGAGCAACACAUCAUUCCACUACACACUUGUACACAGAAUCGAGCGGGUCAAGAGUCCGGCACCAACCUCGAUCUCAGCCCUCAGUCCGAAUGGACAACAUUUCGUGGUUAGCUACACGGAUGCCAGCAUUCUGGUCUUCGACACUAGGACAGGAGAAGAGAUGGUCGGCAUGGCGAGCCAAGAGACCUACGACGGGACACCGGAUACAGGUGUUAACACUGUCGUUGCAUCUGCCCUUGGCUUCGACACAACAGCUUCAGUCUCGCCUGGACGGAGAGGCAGUAUAGGAGAAGACGACGUGGUGCAUGGUGCCACCGGAGGCGAGGGCGGCGUUGAAGGUGUCGUAAUUGCUGGCUAUGAAGACAAGUACAUUCGGUUCUUCGACGCUAACAGCGGCCAAUGCACAUACACCAUGCUCGCCCACCCCUCGGCCAUCUCUUCGCUGUCGCUGUCGCACGACGGGAGGGAACUUGUCAGUGGAGGCCACGACGCCAGUCUAAGAUUCUGGAAUCUGGAGAAGAGGAGUUGUACACAAGAGAUCCAGAGCCAUCGCGUUAUGCGAGGCGAGGGCGUAUGUAGCGUGGCUUGGAGUCCCGAUGGUCGGUGGGUCGUUAGUGCGGCUGGAGAUGGUGCGGUCAAGGUGUUUAGUCGGUAG